AUGCAAAACUCUUCUCAAAUUGAACUUUAUCACCCUCGUAAAUGUUCUGCAACAAAUCGUAUAAUUACUGCCAAGGAUCAUGCAUCUGUUCAAAUAAAUGUUGGAGAGGUCGAUGAAAAUGGUCAAUACAAAAAUGAAUGGAAAACAUAUGCAUUGUGUGGAUUUGUUCGUCAAUCUGGUGAAUCUGAUGAUUCAUUAAAUCGUUUGGCUACAGAAGAUGGAUGUAAUGUAUGGUCUCAUCAACGUUGA